CUCAACCCCCCCCAAAAUCCUACCAUGUAGUUUUGGCCUCCAAGUGAGGCGUCUCUGCUUGUGCCCCCUCAACCGACAACUGCAAACCUUCAGCGCGACAGCCACCAACAGUUACACGGGGCUAAUUAGGGCAUCUGCUCUCACCGCAGAAUCCCCUUAAUUAGGUAAGGUACUUAGUAAGGAGUCUGCAACGCUGGCCAGCCCUCUCAGGCGAGCCUGUGGUCUGCCCCUCCUCGCGCCCGUCCCAUUACAUACUUCCGGAGCUUCCAUGCAUGGAUAAUAAAGGCAUCUACCAGUAUUCCUCCGGCGACGUGGCUGCCACGAGCGCUCGGCGUGAAUAAGCGCCGACACCCUCGCAAAUCGCUCCGGGCAGUCUGGAAUGGGAAUGUCAACGAGGCUUUCUUUUACCUUUUCUGGCACCAUUGUCUUCCGUUUUCGGUCAGGAUUUUACGCCUCUGCUUGUUGGCUUUCCGGAUGGCUGAGCUCUUUGUUGAAUACAGUAUGGGCGGAAAGAAAUCUCCCGUCGCAUCCACGCAUCCAUUGCACCGUGCAACCGACCAUAAUAACCCUUUCGUACCUACAUGCCAGUGCUGUAGGUUUCUCAUCCACGCCUUGGUCGGGUACGUUUAUGAUGUCGGACUAUCGGCGAGAAAAGAUCCUCAGGCGGCACAGUUGCGAACGUCUGAUAGCCGUGCCCCUAUUUACCCCUGAGUCACUUAGAGUGUUAGAAGUGCUGGUACUUCGCAUUACUCAGUACCAUCUGCUACCUAUACCUAUCUACACUGAGCCUACUAUUUCUCUGUGUUCUUCCAACUACGCGUCAGACAUAGCAAAAGCGAGUUUGGUCGCUACCUUACUCACCACGUUGUCUAAGCGCGGUAUGGAAGUACGGCGGCAGCGCUUAAAGUUAGCACCAACACAUGCCGGAUUUGGCAUGAAGGGUGACAUCCAUGGUGCUCGCAUCGGAUUGCGUCCCACACGUUCGUUACCGAUCUCCCUGUGCCGCAACUUGGUCAGCGGGACCACCCUCCCCGUCCUAUUCCUGCCCCUGGCCUCAUAGUGUCGGCCGGAUCAGGCAUCGCCUCCCAGAACGCCGCGUGCGGAACAGCAAGUUGGCAUGAGGAAGGCAGAAUGUUCCUGAAGAGUGUGCUCAUGCUACUGGGGGUUCGACUGGCUCC